AUGGCCGGUCUGUCAUUUGAUAACUACCAAAGAAACCAAUUGCUAGCAGAGCGCUCGAAGACGGUGCCCCAGGCAACCUCUACGGGUACCACAAUCGUGGGAGUGAAAUACAACGGGGGUGUAUUGAUUGCGGCUGAUACCAGAUCGACACAAGGCCCAAUCGUAGCCAACAAAAACUGUGCGAAGCUUCAUAGAAUGUCGCCUAAGAUUUGGUGUGCCGGUGCUGGUACUGCGGCAGAUACAGAAGAAGUUACGAGGCUAAUUGGGUCAAAUCUAGAACUGCACUCACUUUACGCUUCGCGAGAACCACGGGUAGUUUCUGCUCUGCAAAUGCUCAAGCAACAUUUGUUCAAGUACCAGGGCCAUGUCGGUGCCUACUUAAUUGUCGCUGGUGUGGAUCCUACGGGAGCGCAUUUAUUUUCUAUACACGCACAUGGCUCCACAGACGUGGGAUUUUACCAGAGUUUAGGGUCCGGGUCUUUGGCUGCAAUGGCCGUAUUGGAGUCUAAUUGGAAACAAGACUUAACGCGAGAAGAAGCCAUUGUUUUAGCGUCCGAUGCUAUUGAAGCGGGUAUAUGGAAUGACUUAGGAUCUGGUUCCAAUGUGGAUCUGUGUGUUAUGGAAGUGGGCAAGGACGCGGAAUAUUUGAGAAAUUACAGGACUCCAAACAACAGAGAAGCCAAGCAAAGAAGUUACAAGUUCGCCAGGGGAACUACUGCAGUCUUAAGCCAGCGGGUACUCGAUAUUUGUCAAGUCGAAGAAGAAUCCGUGGAUAUCGAGCUAGAGGCUUGA